GUAUAACAAAUGACGUAUUGCUGAACAGCUGUCUUGCUGAAUACUGUGUGCUGACGAAGGAAAAUUUUGGUUUCCUAUAAACUGUUUAAUUUUAUUUAUAUUCCAUCUCGAAAAUCAUGGACACCGAAAAGUCUAGUAAUAGUUCAUUUGAAGACCUUUCAAACUUAAACGAAUUGGAAACCAAAGCAACACAUUCUCUGCCAGAAAUAUUACAGCAACCUGAUGUGAAGGAUAGUAAAAAUAAUGUCGAAGGUGAGUCGAAAGAGACGAAGAAUAUACCAGAAAGAGUAGAGACUUCUCAGAAUGAAGGUGUAGCUUCAGUUGGCGAUGAAGAAACUUGUGACGUAUUAGGGAACGGUCAACUAGUGAAACGAGUUUUAAAACCAUCACAGUUAGAUAGACGCCCAAUGCGAGGAGAUUUAGCCACAAUCACAUAUUCCGGAAAAUUGCCUAAUGGAAUCGUGGUGGAACAGAAGGAGAAUUAUCAAGUGCACGUUGGAGAUUUUGAAGUUGUUCAAGGACUGGAUAUGGUUAUUCCACUUAUGAACGUUGGCGAAGUUGCAGAAGUAACCAUUGAUGCUAGGUUUGCUUAUGGUAGCAUUGGAAUGAAAAACAAUGAGAAUGAAUGUGCAAGCAUACCACCUGAUACCACACUUACGUAUGAAGUGCAUUUAGUGGAGUCUAAAAGUGAAGACUUUUCAGAUUUGAAAUCUUUUGACGUGCGCAGAAAGUAUGGAACUCGUAAAAAAGAAAGAGCGAAUUUUUGGUAUAAUCGUAAUGAAUUCAACACGGCAAUCCAAUUGUAUAGACGUGCACUGGAGUUUUUAGAUGAUCGUGAUGGCGAUCCUGACGCUGCCUUUGAUAAAGAAGACUUAGAGCUUUCUAAUAGUGACUUGCAAACGUUACUUGAGGACAGAUUAAUUGUGUACAAUAAUUUGGCCAUGGCUCAAAUAAAAAUUUCAGCUUUUGAUGCUGCUUUGAAAUCAGUGGAGAACGUAUUGCGUUGUCAGCCAAACAACUCCAAGGCUUUGUAUCGGAAAGGAAGAAUUCUUGAAGGGAAGGGAGACACAAAAGGAGCUAUAAGUUUGUUACAAAAAGCGGCUACAUUUGAACCAGAUAGCAAAGCAAUUCAACAAGAUUUAGCAAAGUUGAUAAUCAAAGCCCGGAGGGAAGAGCACAACGAAAAAGAAAUGUAUCAAAAAAUGCUUGGUCAAGCCAAAAAACUGGAACAAAAGCAUAAGCAACCACAAAAACAACAAAGUAUUGAAAGUUCCAAGCUCAAACUUAUAGGAUAUUUAAUGGGAUCCAUCUUAAUUGGUGUAGCUGGCGUUGCUAUAUACAGAUACAAAUACUAAGAAAUUGUUGUACAAAGGCUAAGCGCAGAUUCCUUGCUGCGACAGUUUUAACACCAAUUUAAUGAUCAAGAAUCAAAGAAUUGAUAAUACAUUAUAAAAACAACAAAAUAAGAAAUCCAUAUAAUUUCUGUUUAAGUAAUUUUUUUAUUUUAUAUAAAUUUUGGUGUUUUAUAGUGUGGGAUUUAAGAGCUUAUGUUAAUUUUUGUUGGUCAAUAUAAUAUAUAUUUGAAUAUAAUGGACUUUUAGAUCUAUAAUAAAUAUCAUUCCAUUAGCUAAGGUUGUUACAUUA